AUGUCGGAGUAUGCUAAGUUAAUGUGCACGUUACAUUUGAAAUUAACUGGAGAGCGAAGAAGCAAUUUUUUAUAUUUUUUGUUGUCAUGCACGUAAAGGAAGGUUGAUCUAAUUUCUGCUUUCCUUGGAACUUGAAACAGGAUUUUCCAGUGCAACUGGAAAGUACAUGUAAAGCAUUUCGCUGUCCUUUAAAAGUUUUUUUUGUUUUCAACUUGAUCGACUAGUGUGAACUAGGCUUAGCCCGUGUUUCUCUGAAAGUAUGGCGUCCGUGUAGGUACUUCUUGAGAGGUUCUUGAGCUGAGAGCUUGUGGUAGCUGCGGAUAGCUACGAUAAUAAUUGCCAGCGCUAUUGUAUUAUAGCAUCGUAUCCGAUCGUAUCUAUCGCUCAGUCGCCAGUGGUAGAGGAAAAGUAAAGCGCAAUAUCAAAAUGUGCUCGUAAAUCUGGGAGUUCAUUCACUGGAGGCAUGAACACACGGUCCUUCAUGUUACCCCAGAGGAAGAAAUUGAGCGGAGUGAGGUCCGGUGAACGUGGUGGCCACCAAAUUGGUCCACCAUGUCCAAUCCAGCAAUCUUGGAAGGUGGCAUUGAGGGACCUCCGGACAUCCAGACCCCAAUGUGCAGGGAGGCUCCAUGUUGUUGGAAGAUUAUGUUAGGCUGCAGAUCGGCUACCUGAGGUUAGAGGAACUCUUCUAACAUGUCAAGGUUAAAAAAGUUAAUGAAUAAUCAUAUUUAUUGAAAACUUAUUCAUACAGAAUAAACUAGUCUAUUUAAUAAUGAAUGGAUUCACAAUCAGAGAAGCCAGGCGUGAAGACUGCAAAGAAAUUCAGAGACUGAUACAGGAACUAGCAGAUUUUGAAAAGAUGCCAGAUGGACCUAAAAUAGAUGCAUAUGUUUUGGAAGAAGACGGAUUUAAUUGUGAGCAUCCAUACUUCCACUGUUUUGUUGCUGAACCAUCUUCCAAAGAUGGUGGUGAUGCAAUUGUUCCAGAUAAUGGUGGAGAGUUGUCUGAUACAGGAGCAUGUGGAGGUUCAAAGGAAAGAGAAGGUGAUAAUUUGAAUGGAAAUACAUUGUUAGGAUAUGCACUCUAUUUUUAUACUUACUCGACUUGGAAAGGGAAGGCGCUGUACUUGGAGGAUCUUUAUGUAACCCCUGGGUGUCGAGGGCAGGGCCUGGGAUCAGCUUUAUUUAACAGAGUAGCUAAGAGGGCUUUUGAGUCCCAUUGCUGUCGAUUAGAUUUUUCUGUCCUCAAUUGGAAUCCAGCUCAAGACUUCUAUAAGGCAAAAGGUGCAAUUAACAUUACAGAAGAGGAAGGCUGGCAUCACUACAGACUUGAUCGUGAAGCUUUGGUAAAGCUAGCACUAGAAGUAAAUAAGGCUGAUAUCACUAAUGAGUAGAAUUCUUAUCAAGUUAUCAGUUAUAUAUAUAUAUAGAAGUAGGGCUUGUUUCAUGAUACAUACUAAUUAGGUUCUGACUACUCUGUGGAAAUGCAAUUUCAUCUUUUUUAUAUAGCUAUUAAUAUCAGUCCUUAUCAGGGUUUUUUUUAAAGGUACAGAACGCUAUGCUGUCCUGGCAUCUCUAUCAUAAAAAUAAGAUAUAUGCCAAUAAAGAUUAUAUAGUAAUGGAGGUUAACAUGAUGCUAAACUUUUUAUAUAGUUAUUACCGCUCCUUACUUAAAAUAAAUCUGGUGAUACUUUGCAUCAAAAAAAAAAAAAUCAGAAUAUCAACCCUAUUCUAUAUAUUUGCCUUGCAUUUUUCUCUAUAGAAAAAGAGAAGGCUGGUUUUUCUUACCCUUGUACAGUAUCCUAACAAAAUCAAUUUAAAACAUUGGAUGGUUUGGCACAUCUGGUUUACAUUAAGGAGAGAUCUGGUUCAAAUCCUUAUUUUUUCUCAGUCCCUCCAAGUGAAUGACACACCUCAUUCAUCAUUCAUAAUCAUACCAUAAGAUCCCUCCUCA